CCCGGGGCCACAGGCACGGAGAGUCCAAGCGGAACCGGGGAGGCGGGAGGCGCCCCGCCGACUCGACAGCGCGUCCCAGGUAUUGAUUCUGACUUUUGAAGAUGGAUGAAGGUAUAGAAAUUUCCAGUGAUGGAAAUUCCCUGAUCAAAGCGGUCCAUCAGAGCCGGCUUCGCCUUACAAGACUCUUGCUGGAAGGUGGCGCCUACAUUAAUGAGAGCAAUGACCGAGGGGAAACACCUUUAAUGAUUGCUUGUAAGACCAAACAUGUUGAUCACCAGAGUGUCAGUAAAGCCAAAAUGGUUAAAUACCUAUUAGAAAACAAUGCUGAUCCCAACAUACAGGACAAAUCUGGGAAAACUGCUUUGAUGCAUGCUUGCUUAGAAAAAGCUGGUCCUGAAGUUGUUUCUUUGCUCCUAGAGAGUGGGGCUGACCUCAGCUUGCAAGACCACUCUAGUUACUCGGCCCUUGUUUAUGCUAUAAAUUCAGAAGACAGAGAGACCCUGAAAAUCCUACUUAGUGCUUGCAAGGCAAAAGGGAAAGAGGUCAUUAUCAUAACGACAGCAAAAUCGCCCUCUGGCAGGCACACUACCAAACAGUACUUAAAUAUGCCUCCUUUGGAUAUGGAUGAGCGUUAUUCCCCAGCCACCUGUGCCACUCCUUCAGAAAUAGACUUAAAAACAGCCUCAUUGCCACUAUCACAUUCUUCUGAAACUGAAAUGACACUUUUUGCCUUUAAAGAUCUGGAACCCGCAGGAAGCAGUGAUGAUAUGGGGGACCCAAGCUCCCCUUUGAGGAAGCCUCGUGUGGCCCCUAACGGGCCCAAACUACCUCAGGCUCCACACUGGAUCAAGAGUCCCCCCUCAUUAAUGCACCAGAACAGAGUGGCCUCAUUACAAGAGGAGCUCCAGGAUAUUACUCCAGAGGAAGAAUUAUCCUACAAAACCAAUGGGCUGGCACUUUCCAAGCGAUUCAUCACUAGGCACCAAAGUAUUGAUAUAAAAGACACUGCACAUUUGUUAAGAGCCUUUGAUCAGGCCAGCUCAAGAAAGAUGUCAUAUGAGGAAAUAAAUUAUCAAUCAUUUUUUUCAGAAGGAAAUCAGCAAUGCAUUGACAUCCCAGUUGACCGGGACCCAGACUCUAACCAGACAAUAUUUACUUCCACCUUAAGAAGUAUAGUUCAAAAAAGAAACUCGGGAGCAAAUCACUAUAGCUCUGAUUCCCAGCUCUCAGCUGGUCUUAUCCCUGCAACUUUAGAUGAUGGCAAAACACUUAUAGGAAAGAAAAAGAUCCUCUCACCAUCUUCUUCUUUGUUGUCAGGAUCCAAAGAAUUGUUGGAGAAUAUCCCACCAGGUCCCCCGAGCAGGAGAAAUCAUGCCCUUUUAGAAAGGCGUGGUUCAGGAGCUUUCCCUUUAGAUCACAGCAUUACACAAACCAGACCAGGAUUUCUGCCACCCUUAAAUGUGAAUCCUCACCCUCCCGUCUCAGAUAUCAAUGUCACCAACAAGAUUUCCAGCCUUCUUUCUUGUGGUCAAAAAAUGCUUAUGCCAACAGUUCCUAUUUUCCCCAAAGAAUUCAAAAGUAAAAAAAUGUUGUUAAGGAGACAAUCAUUGCAAACAGAACAAAUUAAGCAAUUAGUUCAUUUUUAAGAGACAGCUAGCAAAUACAUUUUGUUCACAUGUCUAUACCAGAGAAACAUGGAACUAGAGAAGAAAAUUCAAACAUUCAUCCUUUUAAAUCUUUUAAGUGGUUAGUCCAUAAUAGGGGUAUCAAAAUGUACUGUGUAUCAUCAUAUUAGGCACUGUGGAUAUACAAAUAAUAGAUAGCUUUUGCUAAGGGAAUUCUCUCAAACAAAAUUAAAACUAUUUUUUUCAAAACCUUCAAUACUUAACAACCUUCAUGUGGUUCAA